AUGUGCGCUAAUGAGGCUGCAGUGAUGGGCACUGAUAGGCUGCACUGAUGGACACUGAUAGGUGGCACUGAUGGGCACUGAGGAGGCACAGGGGCGGACUGACAACUCAUGGGGCCCCCGGGCAAUAGGGGAUCAUGAGGCCCCUGUGUCCUUGCCCAAACUCAAAAAAGCCUAUGAAAAAAGGUACCAGGGGCAUCUCAUGGGGCCCCUUACUGACCCCGGGCCCUCGGGCAGUGCCUGAGUUUCCAAAUGGUCAGUCCGCCCCUGUCAAGGAGUCUCAAUGCAAGGUAGAAGGAAGG